AUGGAGCUAAUCAGUGCAUACGAUUUAUACAAACUUGAACAAGCAGAUGAAUUGCUUACAACUGGCUUGCAGUCUUUAGAUGCGUUGUUUGGCGGUGGCAUAUUACCAGGUACCUUUCUCGAGAUUGUUGGCUUAUCAGCUAGUGGAAAAUCACAACUCUGUAUGCAGUUAGCAGUUAAUCUGCAGAAAAAUAAGACAAAAAAGGAUAGUGUAUAUGUGGAUACAGAAGGUGGAUUCCACACAGAACGUAUCUGUGAUAUUGCAACCAAAGUAUUAAGAGCAAUCAAGCCGUUGGAAUCAUUGAAACAUAUACGAGUUAGCCGUUGUCGUGAUCUGAUCGAAUUAACAAGCACCAUUCAUCAAUUAGAAUUGUUGGUACAACAGAAUUUGGAGAUUGGUCUUAUAAUUGUAGACAGUGUUGCAAUGCCUCUGCGUGGUGAAAAUGACUAUGCGUUACGAUCGAGACUAGAAAUUUCACGAAUUCUGUCAAAAUUGGCUGCUUCUUAUAGAUUGAUCGUAAAUUUUUGUAAUUCGAAGCUUCUCUACUACUGUAAUUUAUCACAAUUUUUAUUUCCGGUUGUUGCUGUAAAUCAUGUUACUUAUCGUUUUGAAAAUGAGAGAGAUGGUGAAGCGCAUCUUGCAUCUGCAUUGGGGAUUUCAUGGUCUCAUCGUCCAAAUACACGUUUGUGGUUAUGCCCACCGAAUGCUAAUUCCCGAAAUAAUUCAAUUUUCCUGACAAAAUCGCCAUCUGCUCCUAAUGGUUCAAUAUUAUUCAAAAUAACGGAAGGUGGAUUGGUGGAAAUUGAACAUGAUAUUGUGAUAUAG